AUGGGUGAGGAGACAUCUGACGCAAUGAACCUUGACCUGAAUCUGGGUCCUGGUCCCGAGCCAGCAUCUGCGUCAAAUGAGCCUGUAAAUUUGGAUGCUUGGAUUGAAGCACCUAUCCACAGAAUUGCGGAACCUGUGGGCAUUAGGGCCCGACAUUGGAGAUGGGCGCACCCUGAAGGGCAAAACAUUUCCAUGGAGUUGAAUCAAUUGAUGGUCAACUCUGGUAAUUCAAGUACAUUACAAGCAGGUGAGGGUAGUGUUACCGCAGAAGAAAGAACAAGUGACGUGCCCAAAUCGUGUGAAAAUAACAAUGGGGUUUCAGAAAAUGAGACUUCAGACAAUAAGGAUGAUGUUGAAAAGGGUAGUGGCAAUGAUGGGAGUUUUUUCGAUUGUAAUAUUUGUUUGGACUUGGCUAGGGACCCUGUUGUAACUUGUUGUGGUCAUUUGUUUUGUUGGCCAUGCCUUUACCGAUGGUUACAUGUGCAUUCAGAUGCAAAGGAGUGUCCAGUUUGUAAGGGAGAGGUAACUAUCAAGAAUGUGACCCCAAUUUAUGGUCAUGGGAACACUAUGCGUGAGCCAGAUGACGACUCAAAGAUCCCUCUUAGGCCUCAAGCGCGGCGGGUUGAAAGUCUGAGACAAACCAUUCAGAGGAGUGCAUUUAAUUUUCCAGUUGAGGAGAUGAUUCGCCGUCUAGGAAAUAGAUUUGAUUUGACUCGGGAUAUUGUUCAGCCACUGGAGCCUGAGAAUGCCCGGGAAACAGCAGAAAGAACUAGUACUUUGUUAAAUAGGAUUCUGACAUCUCGAGGACUGCGCAGAGAGCAAAAUCCAGUGGCACUUGCAGAUGAUGUUGUGGAUUUAACACAAGGCAGCAUGACUGGCCUUGAAACAGGAGAAAACCGCCGGCUUCAGUCAUUGCUACUUCGAAGAUCACAAUCUCAUAGAGCAGCAUUUUCUUCUUUCUCGUCUGCAUUGAGUUCUGCUGAAAGGUUAGUUGAGGCAUAUUUCCGCAGCCAUCCUACAUCGACAGGUAGAAAUCAAGAGCAGCAGCAGCAGCAGCAGCCUGCACCAGUUGAUGAUAGAGAUUCUUUCUCAAGUAUCGCAGCUGUUAUAAAUUCAGAGAGUCAACUGGACACAGCUGUGGAAAUUGAUUCCAUGGUUUCCCUCUCAACUUCAUCUUCGAGAAGAAGAAAUGAUGCGUCAAGGGUUUCGGACAUGGACAGUGGAGAUUCUCGUGCCCCAAGAAGGAGAAGAUUGAACUGA